GCUUGUGUGUCGCGCCGUCAGUCCGCCGGGUAACGUGGCGGCGCUGCGCUCGUGUGUGAGGAGUGGCUCGAGCUGUCACUGUUCAUGUAGUUUUCUGUGAUAAGAAAUACUGUGAAAUUAAUAGUUUAGCGAACUAAUUUACACAAAUUACGAUGUCCGCGUCGGGUGAAUUCGGUAAUCCUUUACGCAAGUUCAAGCUCGUGUUCCUGGGCGAACAGAGCGUGGGGAAGACGUCGCUCAUCACUAGAUUCAUGUAUGAUAGCUUUGACAACACUUAUCAGGCAACAAUCGGUAUAGACUUCCUCUCGAAGACCAUGUAUCUGGAAGACCGCACGGUGCGACUACAGCUCUGGGACACGGCGGGCCAGGAGCGGUUCCGCUCACUCAUCCCUUCUUACAUCCGGGACUCCACUGUUGCUGUGGUGGUCUAUGAUAUUACCAACGCAAACUCAUUCCACCAAACCUCUAAAUGGAUCGACGACGUCCGCACCGAGCGCGGCUCUGACGUCAUCAUCAUGUUGGUCGGCAACAAGACCGACUUGUCGGACAAGAGACAGGUUUCUACCGAAGACGGGGAUCGCAAGGCGAAGGAGCUUAAUGUGAUGUUCAUAGAAACUAGCGCUAAGGCUGGAUAUAACGUGAAACAGUUGUUCCGACGAGUAGCGGCCGCUCUGCCCGGCAUGGACUCCGCUGAGAGCAAGCCUCCUGAAGACACUGUGGACCUGCAGACGCAGUCGCCGAUGGGCUCGGAGCAGGAGGGCAGCGAGGGCGGCUGCGUCUGCUGAACACUCCCCCGCACUGCACGCUUCUCACGGAGCAUCCAAGAUUUGUUAGGUUUAAGUGGUCUACGCUCGCCAAAUAGAAGAAUACCAGAAGAGUGAGAGGAAAUGGAACGGGAUGUUCGUCUUCGGAUAAGGCAGGGUUCGGAUAAACGCAACACACUUGACUUUAUACAAACCACUUCAUCCUUGCGUUUGCAACUUUCGCAGGUAUAUGAUUUACAUGAUUUUAAUAUACGUAUGCGACUGUUUUAACUAUACUUUAUUUUCAGCAUAAUAUGGGGCAUUAUCUAUGAAAAGGGACCUUAUUGUCGAUGGCGCUUACGCCCCACAGCGUCGCGCGGCAUUGAAUUUAUAUUGGAGCAUCUUUAAUAAUGGCGUAAGCGCCACCGACAAUAAGGUCCCUUUUCAUAGAUAACGUCACAUAUUAUGAAAGUUACAGAGGCAAGGAUAAAACCGUUAGUUAACUGGUACCUUGUCAAAACCAUCAGUCGGCAUAUUAUACUUAAGAGCAUUGAAUACGGUUGUUUUGUAUGGAAACUUCCAAUGUCUUUAGAGUUUGGUUGGAAAUAAUAAUCUACAAUCCUUCUGUAAAUAGAGUUUGGCUUAAGGUGUCAGUCAACUUAACUGGCACAUAAUUGAAGAGUCUAAUGGAGAGUGUUAACUAAUUUUAAUUUAACCUUUUGUUAAAAUUAAAUGAAUCCAAUUUUCCUUGGACUUCUCAGUAGUCGGCGUGAAGCGUGAGUUGGUGAAGUGAAAUUGUAAACUCCUGAAUGAUACGGCUUUUGACUUGCAUUAUGUUCGCCAUAUUAUCCAUUUGCAAUUUUUCGAAUCCAUACGGUGCACGUACUUACUGUAUUAAAUAUAUAGUGUUUGUUUUAUGUUAUUAAUGUCCAGUAUUAAUUAUUUCCAAUUGUCAGUUUCAACGCAGAAAGCAUUUCAAAAUAAACGUUUCCGGCAUUGAGAAAUAUAAUGCAUUCCAUUUUAACUUAUUGUUAGAUACGAGUAGGUACCUUUUUUUACUUUUUACUUUAUCUACUUACCAUAAAUUCGCAGAUGACGAUUUUUACCAAUCAGAUAAUUAUUCUUCCUAGCAAAACUUACCUAUUAUGUAAAUCAUAGAUUCAUAGAAAUAAAUUAUAUUGUAGAAGUUUUCUGGUCAAAUCGUUAGUUCUAUACCACCACAUCCAAUCGUAUCACAUCGCUUUAAAAUAAGUAUCGACUCAACCAAAAGGUAAUAGUUAAACCAUUUUCUUAAAGGUGUCUGGGGUCUUGGAAUACUUACAUCGACAGAUAUUGUCGGAUAUUUUUGAAAUUUAAAUACAUUGCUAUGCGACAUACUGUCAGCGCAUCUGUGCUGGUUUAAGUUAGAAGUUAUUAUUACUGACGAAUUAUACCUAUAGGAAAUAACCAUCAAAUGCUGUAUGCUGUUGCGGCGUGGCGCGAAUACAAGUUACAGAAAGUUACCGAAAAGUUUGAGACGCAGUGUCGGAAACUUGAAAUACCUAGCGAGAAAUAGGAAUAUUCCAUUUUGUGAAGUUUCCUAUAUUAUUGAGAAUUUUCCGAGAUUUUCCAUGUGACAAGCUUCGUGUUUUUGGAAACUGUCUUUCGGCACAAUUGUCAAAAUCACACGCCGACCGCCCCGCGCCGCAACCGCCUUUAGGUGUUCUGAAGGCUUUAGCAAUAAUAGUGUAAGCGGAAAACGACAAGCUUUUAUAAUAUUUGUAUGCAUAAUAAGGUCUGAUCCCGAUAUCUGUUACGUAUAAUAAA